AUGUCCGAAGACUCUCCUGAGAGUUCUGAUUCGGCGCAACCACAACCCGCCUCAAGCGCGUCGGACCCGCUGCGAACGAGUCGAGCUACUUUUCUACUCAGACCGGCGAGCUGGGAUUCAGAGCCUGAGCCGGGAACUAGUAAAGCUUUGAUUUUGCCCGAGGCGGAUCAGCCCCCUAUAUACCCACUGAAAAGCCGCUAUGAUUCUGUCCCUUGGACAGAGCAGCACUCUGUUCAGGAGAUGAUACGUGCAGGACACCCAUCUUCGCAGAAACGGAAGAACCCUCCUCCUCGCGACCCCGAAGAUAAAGAAUCAGCCCGUCAUGCUGCAAAGAAAGUGAAAGCGCUCUCCCAGCAACUAAGCAUCUAUUCUUUGGACGAAGAAGAACCUACAUCUUCGCAGAAACGUAAGACCCCUCCUCCUCGCUGCCCUGAAGACAAGGAAUCAGCACGUCACGUUGCGAAGAAAAUGAAAGCGCUCACGCAGCAACUAAGCAUAUAUUCAUUGGACGAAGAGGAACAUAACCAGAUCGAAGAAAACGCCGUCGGGAGAAUCCUUGCUAGUAGCGAGGAUGAAACUGGGACGUCAAGCAGCAGUGAUGAGGAGCCAUCAUCCGUCUAUCACGCAUCCAUGAUUGGCCUGGAUUUGGGCAGCCCCGAAAGAGAUUUCUAUGCCAGUCAGCUGAAGCAGCCCUCCAGCCCUGAUUUUCCGACCACUAGCCGACCGUCUAAGGAUGCAGAUCCCAAACGUAAAGAUGAUACGGAAGCCAGUCAGCGCCUGCUAGCGGCGGAAACGCCUCAACUUGUGCAGCCAGGACACGAACAAACUCAUCCGACAUCUCCCGACCCCCACCAUAAUCCCUCACACGUCGAUUCUUUCAACUCACAACUAGUGAAAUUUGUCGAUUCUGCCGCUCAGAUGGUGCAAUCUACACAUACGAGAAUAACUGUAGACGCUGCAGAUGAGGACGAGGCGAUGCAUGAAGCGCAACCUCACCACCAGCAGGUGGUCCAGGACCGCGGCAAUGAUCUCGAUCGCAUCCCAUCCCUUCAGGAUCGUCAGGCUCGCGCGAUGUAUGCAGUUUCAAACUCAAAUCCGCCUCAAGCUUAUAUGGCUCAGUCUCAAAUGUAUGGCGUACAACCCUACCUUUAUCAGCAGCUCGCUCCGCCACCCGCGUCUAAUCAGGUGCAAAUGUAUGCCCACUAUCAACACCCCAGAGCAUAUCGACAACAAUCCGACUCACGCUUUCGUCCAUAUCCUAACCCUUACGGGCCAUUCCCUGUGGCGGGGCUUCAGAGACAUUACCCUCCAGGAUACGGUUAUUACCACUUCGGGUUGCCCUACGGUGGCCGGCAGGCCGAAGACGCGGGACCCGCGCAAAUUACGCAGAACCAGCCGCCUGCGAUUCAGCCGCCUUCGAUUCAGCCGCCUGUGAACCAGCUAGCUGUGAGCCCGCCUGCGAUUCAGCCGCCUUCAAACCAGCCACCUACAGACCAGCUAGCUGUGAGCCCGCCUGCGAUUCAGCCGCCUUCGAACCAGCCACCUACAGACCAGCUAGCUGUGAGCCCGCCUGCGAUUCAGCCGCCUUCGAACCAGCAACCUGAGAAAAAGCGACCUACGAACCCGCUAUCUGUGAGCCCGCCGCCUGCGAUCCAGCCUCCUGCGGACCCACUGCAAAAGCGCGCACAAGGGACCAGCUCGAAGAAGCGCCGCCGUCCACAUAAGCAAGAUGGUGCUAACAAACCUGCUUGCGACUCGGAUCGUCUUCCUGAUAAUGAAGUGCCUGGAGGGUCUGAUCGCAUUGGCCCUGUAUCUCCCAUGCGCGGCAUCAAUACGCCUUCUGGCGUAGGAGAACGUGACGUAGAGAUGACCAACGCCACGCAACAACGCACUUCGAAAGCUGGGUAUCAAGGCCUACUCAUCGGUUCUGAGCUCCUGGAGAAGAUGGGCAACGUAACGGAGGCAGUUGAGGUAUCCACCGCAGCGCUUCAGAAGACUGUGGAGACCGUGUUGGAACAAAUGGUCAAAGUGAACGAAACACAGGCUCAGGUAGUGGAGGCAUUAAACAAAGCUUCUUCUUUUUCCCCGAGGAAGAGUCCCAAAAAGAGCCCCAAAAAGCCACGCGCUAUAAAGAGACGUCGAAUACAUGGUCCUUCUUCAGACACGGAUGACGCGGAUACAGAGGAAUGCAAGAAGGACAAGAACGAAGCCGAGGACGAUAUCAGUGACGACGACAGCGAAGAGGAUGAUGAUGAGGAUUGCAAGGGCCCAGCAUGGAACGGUUUGCUGGAUCUGAUUAGAAGGACUUUUAAGAAGGCCAUUAAAGUCAAAAGGUACCGACCGCAAUACUUCAUGGACAUGCCACCUCCCUUGGAUGAACAAACCAUCGAGGAGUACGCAAAGGUGGACGCUUUCAUACCCUGCACCAUCAAGGAUUUCCGCGUCGACUUCACGAAACCAUGGCGUGAAUUCCCUCUUAACGAGGUGGCGCGCCAAGUCUUCGUAGAUAACUUUAUGCACCAGUGGGAGAGCGGUAUACUCAAGAGCAAAGAGGAUAUUCCCGCCGGUUACGUGGACAGGGAGAAGACGGAAGAAGCUCUGGAUCGGCACGUAAAAUAUGUCAAGACUCGCUAUAAGAAGUAUCUUGAAGGAGCAUCGCUGAACACCACAUAUGAGGAGCAACGAUUGUCAGCACAAAGAUCAAGAAGGGACACCUUGCUAACGAGUCGUCGGAAGGUGGUUAAGGCAAGACGCAUGAUUAGGCACGCCCGGUUAUUGAGCAAGCUGGAGCGUGCGGCCAUGAGCACAGACGAGACUGACCCAGAUGUCCCAGCCAUCAGACACAAACAGUUUAGAAUCAUCGCUCCCAAGUGGCGUAGCUUUGAAUUUACUGCCUUCCUCCAUCGACUGGAUGGAUUUUAUCGCGAGGAUAAAGCCUGUCCUAUUGGACGACGUGCAACUCCGGGGAACCCAGCUUGCAUCCGUGUUCCUUGCCGGAGAUCGGAACUACAGGCAGUCCCCAAAGGCUUAUACAGGAAUUGUUAUGAUGCAUCAUGGUUGGCGUCUCUACCGGGAUGGCAGCGAGACAGGCUGAUGGUGAUAAACAAGGACUAUGAUUUCGGUAUAGAGGACCAAACAUAG